CUUUCAACUCCACUCAGCGAACUAUCACCCGACCAUCGACCACCACCCACUAGUCUCCCCAGAUCUCCCCACACCAAUACGAGCGGCUCAAGCCAGCCCACCUCAAUCCCUAAGCCCUAAUUUCCCAAAUUAUCGACUUUCACAGCUGAAUUUACCUGGAGUCCUAUUUUAUUUUUCUGUUUGUUCUCGAACAAUUACCAAAAAAAGAAAAAUAAAAACUAACUAAUAUGUGGGGUGGUGGCGGUGGAAUUGGGGGUGAUCUCCAUUGGGGAAGAAAGGAGGCUCAAUCCAGAGGAAUCGCGGUGGUCUUCGCUUGGGCUUCGAUUCAGUUGCGGCACUUGAAGAGCUACGUAGACUUGUACGCGUCCCUCGGAUGGAAUUGCCUCGUUUGCCAUGCCGAUUUUCUCAACGCAUUUUAUCCUGAGAGGGCCAUGUCACUGGCAUUUGUUGUUCUCAACGGGCUUGUUGAGGAGCUAAGGAUUAGGCCAUGCCCUAUUGUCUUUGUUGCUCUAUCUGGUGGUCCCAAAGCUUGCAUGUAUAAGAUUUUUCAGGUUAUCGAUGGAACAUGUGGAGAGAUGUAUUGGGGCGAAUAUCAGUUGGUCAGAAAUUGCUUUUCUGGGCAUAUCUAUGAUUCUAGUCCAGUAGAUUUUACAAGUGAUUUUGGUGCAAGAUUCACUCUACACCCCUCCAUUUGGAAAAUGCCUGGGUCAUCGAAACUUGUUUCUUGGGUGGCGAAAGGCGUUGCUUCUGGUCUUGAUGCAUUAUAUCUUACUAGGUUUGAAUCGCAACGUGUGGAGUAUUGGCAGGCCUUGUACUCCUCUGUUAACUUGAGCGCUCCUUUUCUCAUUGUGUGCUCAGAAAAGGAUGAACUUGCACCGUACCACAUUAUCUGCAAUUUUGCUCAACGUUUACAGGAUCUUGGGGGGGAAGUUAAGCUUGUGAAAUUGAAUGGCUCCAAUCACAUAGGUCAUUACAAGCAUUAUCCAAUCCAAUAUAGGGCUGCUGUGACCAAUUUGCUUGACAAGGCCGCUUCAGUUUAUUCCCAAAAAAUCCGACUACUGGGAGAAAGAGCUAGCAUGCAAGGUAUGCAUGAUGAGAUAUCUGAGCUAAUCUGUGACCUCCAGAAUGCAGCUAUUAACUCAAACCAGAGCUUCAGAAGAGUUGCACAGGGGCCAGGCGACCACUUCUUCUUGCCAAGUUCUUCAGAGUAUCAAAAUGGUAGAGAAUCUCCAUCUUUACAAGAUGAGCAGAAAGAAAGAUCCAUUUAUCUACCUAGCCCGUCAAGAAUCAAUGCACAUAGCGUACUUGGCCAAUUCCUCUUUGAUGUUUGUGUUCCCAAGAACGUUGAAGGUUGGGAUAUUAAAUUUGGUGGCUCUCUGAAUGGGCAGCCAUUUGCUUCUGCACGUAGAAAUUUGCCUAUCCAGGGUAUUAAAUGCACUCGCCGAUCAAGACUAUGACUUCUCCUACAGGUUGACUUUCUGAAAAUCUAUUAGAAGUUUGCAUGAGUUGUUCAACAGCAUCUAAGAGAUCACAAGCAAAUCAACCUCCUGGAAGAUGAUUAAAGACUUGAUGUUGGGAAUGUAAGUAGCGGAGUUGGGCUUUCCAAAUGGAACAGCUGGAAUCCUUUGGCACUAAACAGGAUAAGACCAUAUAUAUCGUAUUUAAACAAAGAGGUAUGUUGAUUAUGAUCUCCUAUCCACCUGUUCCAUAAGCUAAGUGUACAGAUAAGUGAGGACAAGAUGAUAUGUAUAGAGUGAGGUGUAUGUUUGUUAUGAACUAUCCUCCUGUUGAAUAAGCUAUAUGAAUGCACGGUUAAAACAGAAAAAGCUACAUGAAUGCACAAGUGGUCAGCUGAUGCUGGGAGAUAGAUACAGUCAUUCAGAAGUGGGCUUCUAUUGAUUAGUUCUAUGUUUGCAGAUGCUGUAAGGAGUUGUUUGCAUGAGAUAGUGUAUACUGUAUAGUGGUGUUAUCUAGAAAUAUAUGGUUUUGGUAUUAGACCAUGGCUGUACGAGCUUCUAAUGGUCAAGAAUGAGGCUGGAGACCUGUAAUAUGUAAAUAAGAGGAAGUCUUAAUGGGAAGAAUUUUUAUUUAUUUUUUUAAA